AUCGCCAAAGACCCGUAUCCCUCUCAAAUCAACACCCCAAUUUCCAUCUAGCGCGUCCCGUUUCACGCCAAACGAUAUCGCGCUUCUGAUCCAUCGGAAUUGAUUUCGAGGCAUCGAUAGCAUAGUGGCGCUGACAGGCGUUUUCUUUCCUUUUCUCCUCUUUUUCCCCUUUGCCUUAUUUUGUGCUCGUUCCUUGCUGUCAAAACCGUUAGCGCCCUGCAUUCCCGAACCUUCAUAGCGCCACGUGAACGGAGGGAUCAAAAGACGGCCACCGCGAAGCGCUAUUUCUCGGCCGUCGAAGCGCGCCGUCAAAGCCAAAGCUAUGACUCCUUGCGUGUUGGAUUGCUAACGUUACACUAUUGAGGGUGCCUCGUGCUCAAAUUGCAAUGUCGAGGUAUCCGGGCAAUCGCUAUGACGGCGAUCGGCGAUCUCGCUCGCCUCACGAUCGGUCUCCCUUCGGAGACCGUGUGGAUCGCGGCCCACAAUAUUCUGAUGCCGACCGCAGGCGCCAGCAAGCAGAUUCGCGGGGCAGUUCGAUUGGCUUUCCAUCCGGCCGAGAUGGAUUCCGGGACUCUCUCUCCGGGAUACAGCCGCCACGCGGACCAAAGGCUCUUCUCGACCCGCCUAGCGGGCCACGUGGCGGCGGGUUCAACGCUGACUUUCGCGGCGGGAGAGGCCGCGGCGGGGUUCGUGGUCGCCAGUGGCGGGAUGACAGUCGAGAUGCUGUACGAGACCGGGACGAGUACCGAGACCGACCCCAUUUUAGGACCGAGCGAAGCCGCGAACGGGAACGCGAGAGGGACAGAGACAGGGAUAGGGAUAGGGAUCGGGACCGGGAUUGGCCACGAGAGCCACGCGAUCACCGACCUGAUUUUCCCCGCGGUCGGAGGCCGACACCCCCGCCACUGCGGGCCCGCUCCCCUCUGCCUGCGCGGGAUUUUCGGGACGCAAGAGACGCUCCGCUAGGGGUUGAUGCCGAGCGGGCAAGGCGAGGAUCCAGAGACGGACCGUUGUCAGCCGGCUCCUCGAAUUCGGAUCCCAUGUUUGCACCGUCGCCCUUCCGUGGAGGAUUCGGUAGGGGCGGAGGAAGGGGCGCGGGCAGGGGCCGCGGCGAUUGGGAUCCCCGAGGGGGGAGAGAUAGGAUGAAUUUCUAUGACGAGCGAGACCGAUACCCUCCUCGGAGCCGCUCUCAGGAAAGCCGAUGGGCGCGGGAACAAGAAGACCGGGACCGCAGGGACACUAGAUAUCCGGAUUCAGCUCGAGAUCUCCGAGACGAGCGAGACGGCAGGGACAGGGAACGAGACACCAUGCGCAUGAAGCCUGAUCGAGUGUCACACGAGCCUCCCUCAGCGAAAGAUGUAUCUCCCCCUCCGCUCGCUCCAUCAGCGCCCGCCUUUGGAUCAGUCCCAAGCCGCCAACCGUCGUCCACCGAGAUACAAUCCCUCACUGGCAAGCCUCCCCCAACCGGACCAAGAGCGCUUGCCGAGGAUAGAUCAGCCUCUGCCAGCCACGGAAUCGGAACUGAGAGACCACCACCCACUGGCCCAUCGAAGCCCUCCCUGCCGGCUGGCGGUCCGGCCAUUCCAAUAGGGCCUCGAGCCCAACAGCAGAAGCAGCAACGCUCGAGCAAACAGUGGAUAAACCCUUCGAUAGCUGUGAAGAAGGCUCAGGAGUCGCCCAAGAGCGGGCGGUCACUCAGCUUUAUGUCGCAGGAACCAAGGCCCUUUUAUCGCCCGGAAUCUUCCCACUCUGAGUACCAUGGAGACUUUGAGAAGCGCCCUCGGAGCCCCGACGCAAAGUCGGAUUCGCAUGCUGCGAGUACGGAGCGAUAUGGAGGACUCCACAUCACCGUUCCUAACGAUAUCGGCUCCAAAUCCGAGAGGGGCACGCAGUCUGCGGCGGCAUCGGUUGACCGCGAAACUAGGCCUUUUUUUGAUGACGGCGGCAUGCAUAUGGAAGGGGUGUAUUCGUCAGAUCGAGCACGGCGUGAUCAGGAGGAGCCCGUUGUUCGCCAAUCGGUCAGCCCAGUCGUGUCGAAAGUUGGCGAGUCCGUUGCUGAGGCUCCGGGAAACCCCGAGAAAGUCACGGAGCCGGCAGCAGCCGAGAAGAAGCGUACCGUUAUUAUGGUCCCGUCUUCCCGCAUCCAGUUGCCAGACAGAGAAUUCACGAGCUCCGCCCCGGAUCACUCCUAUGAGUCGGAUGAUGACGAGGACUUUGACGAUUACUUUGAGCAGGAAAUUUCGAAGAAAGAGGCGGAGCUGAAGAAGCUGGAAGACGCAAUUGAUAGUGCUCCUAUGCGCAUCGUGAGACGAUAUGCGACCGUGUUACACGAGGCCAUGCUUAGCGUGCUCAACGAUAGCGUCGGUCUGGCGGACUUGAUAGGGCCCAUCCCUGAAGACUUCGUUUUUUCACCUCCCAAGCCAGCACCCGAGAUACCUGAUGACGAGAUGGCCGAUGCUGCCGGCCCGAGCCACGAGGUGCCUCCCACAGCCCGCGAACCUUCGGCGAUCCCCACUGUGGAGGGCGGUGACGACAGCUCGGCUUACCCCCCAGAGCCCCAACCUAAAGUUGAGGAGAUGGACACUGAAGGCUCGGGGCUGCCACCCGUGCCUCCCUUGGAGGAUAUGAAACCACUCGGUGAGGACGUUGACAUGCAUGAUAUCUCUGGACAGCCAACUGCCGCGGCCUCCUCGCACCGAUCGGCUUCGGUCAAUGGGUUGGUGAACGGAGACGGUCCAGCAUUCUUCCCACCUACGCUUGACCAGCCGGAAACCGGGAGAAGCAGCCCUUCCCCGGACGAAGAGAGCGAAGACAGAACAGAGGACGACGCGAGCGUCUACGGCAGUGUUGAAGUGGUGAGGGAAUAUUCAGCCACACCACCUCCUGAGGAGCUCCCAAUAUACAAUGUCAAGCCCUGGUAUCGCAGCCGGCGGGUUCGUGGUUUGGUUCACAACGAUGAGGCGUUCGAGAAGUUUCUGCUUGGUCAAAUUCUGGAGCAGACAGCAGCCACAGAGCAGGGGCAGGCGGAGUUGCGACGGGAAUACGAGAAGGACUACGAGGCGUAUUUGCGCUUCACACUCUCGGAUGAUCCAGCCGCCGUCAAAAGUCGCGAAUACUUUACGAGCUGUGGGACGCAAUCGGCGGUCAGCGGCAAGGCGGCCAAUUCCGACUCCAAACCUGAAGGGGGUAGAAGAGCGGCUGGCCGCUUCUCGACCGAACUGGACCUCGAUUAUGCUAUCAAGCAGUCAAUGCUUGAACACCAAGAGAAGAAAGAGCGGGAAGAGAGAGCACUGAAGGAGAAAUACCGCAGCGAUAAGGAGGCCGUGAUCCCUGAGAUGUUCUGGACAGAGGAGGAGAAGGAGCAAGCAUCUUUUUACGAGACAUCCGGACUGCUUCCCCUCGAGAAGCUUGUGGCUACAUGGCAAGUGGUGCCGUGGCAUGUCAACUUUACUGAGGAGGAAGCUAUCCAGUUCGAGAAGUCUUAUCUGGAGUUCCCCAAGCAAUGGGGCAGAAUUGCAAAGGAGCUGCCGGAUCGUGAUUUCGGGGCUUGCAUUCAGUAUUACUAUGCAAAGAAGCGGGAGCUCAAUCUCAAGGAGAAGCUUAAGAAGCAGCCUAGAAGGCGCAAGAAGGGCCGUGGGAAACAACGCUCCAGUGCUUUGGUAUCAGAGCUGGGAAAUACUGAAAACGAGGGUGAAGAAGCGACGCAGGAUAACGGCGAAAACGGCGAGCGGCGGCGUCCCCCACGCCGUGCCGCAGCGCCGAUAUGGGGUUAUGAGGCAACGCCGAAUGCGGAUUCCGACGGCGCGACACCAGUUCCUACUAUCGGGCGGCGGAGAGCCGGGACUACGACAGAGGCCAAGAACGAAAGCGGCCCGGAGAAGCAAGAGGUCAAGAAGGGAGGGCGGGGGAAGCGAAAAGUGGAUAAGGAGACAAAGGGCCCCAAGCCGGCGCAGACACCCACAACAACUCCUAGUACUGUGCCCGGCAAGACAGGCAGAUCGCGAGCCAACUCCAGAGUUCAGGGCCCGGAGUGGAUGUCGCCGCAAACUCCUGCCGACCUCGCGGCUCGUCCUCCCAUCCCAUUUGAGGCCCCUCCUGGGGCCAUACAACCACCCUUGGUACCGAUCCAUCAACCGCCGCUUGCAAACCCCGAGAGACCUGCGCCCCCCAUCACAUCCACCAUCUCAGAGGUCAUGGCACCGCCCUCCCUCCGACCGGAACCGCCACCGCCCCCCGGCUCGGUCGCUACAUUCGAGAUUUCGCAGUCGGCCGGGCCUGAGCGGAUUCGUACGCCACAGCAAGCGUCGAGCUACUGGAGCGUAUCAGAGACUACCGACUUCCCGGGCUUGCUACGCUCCUUCGGCACCGACUGGGCUUCGAUUGCCGGCCACAUGCAAACUAAGACGGCUACUAUGGUCAAGAAUUACUAUGUUCGGCAGACAAAGGAGGGGGGCAAACCGGAGUGGGAACAGAUUGCGAACGAGGCUGACGCCAAGCGCCAGCGGGGAGAAAAGCGGCCGCCGCCUCCGACGCCGACGCAAGGACCGAGGAAUAAGAGAUACGAUGUGCCGGCACCGGGACAACGCCCCCUUGCCGCGGCCGAGCCCGAUGAGGCGCCUCCGACUAAAGUCGAGCCGCCACCACAGGGUCAACCUUUUACGCGCUUCCAGGUGCCGAUAGCCCAGGCCGCUCCAGUAUCGCACCCGCUUGUGCAACCAGCCCAGACUGCAAUGACACCCCCGCUAGCACCAUCUGCCGCAGCCCAGCAGCAAUCGCUGCCCAGCGGGCCAGCUGUCACGCAAGCGAUGUCACCACUCACACAUCCUCUGCGACCACCGGCACCCGCCUUCCCAUAUCCGGAGCGAGAAGUGGAGCCUACCACAAUGCAGCCGACAGCGCAAGCUCAGCAGCCCGUUCGCAUCUCACAAAAACCCAUUCCCGUUGCUGCUCCUAUGCCACCUGUUUCCGAACCUGCGCCACGUCCAGCCGGCUGGACGGCAGACGUUAACCGCCAGAUCUCCCUGCUUGCACACCAGAAGGAACUUCGCGAAAGUCGCGAAAGUCGCGAUGCCCGCGAGCGACCGAGACUCGAUCUGACGCAGCGCGAGCCCCUUAGGCCGACCGAGCGGGCGCCUUUACGGGUGAAACAGGAGCCCGAACCGCAGGCGUUGCACCACCCCGAGUCUUACCCGUCAUUCCAGGCACCACAGCGUGCCAUCUCCUCCCGCAUUGAACCAGCUCCUUUGGUAAGACAGCCUGAGGCGCCUCGCCCCAUGCCUCCGACACAACAAUCAUAUGCGCCGCCUGUCCACACACAGCCUGUGCGUAGCCUCUUUGGUGAUUCUGUGCCAAUCCAACAGACUGCACCUCCAGCAACGGCCCCCAGCGACAGGCCUCUGUCGGGUAUGCAGCGGCCGACGCCCGUGUCGGUGCAGGAGCAAUAUGGCGCUGCCCCAGUCUCCGCGCCAUCUGCUCCUCAGCCUCAGAACCAGCCACAGCCUGCACCAGCACCGGCUCCAUCUCGUCCCGCGGAGCGCAAGACAAGCAGUCUCAUGGCGUUACUGAACGCUGAGCCAGACCCCCCGAAGAGGGUCGCCAGUGUGUCUUCAGCUGUGAAGCAAAGCUCGACACCACCGCCCCAGGUGUCGAUUCGACAACCGCCACCGACUUCGGCCCCGGCGCAAUCUCGAAGGGACAUUGAGGCGGGGUACCCUUAUGCUCGCAACGCUUCUCAAGCGCCGCAGUCGGCAAUUCCACCCCUCAAGCCAUACCACACUCAGUCACCGCAGCCUCAGCACAUGCGUACGCCGAGCGGCCCGGUGACGUCGAGCAUGGACCCCGCAACAACAGAAGCACAACGCGACUACUACGCCCGCCACUCGUAUUCACAACACCAGACGAGUGCAAGUGCUGCAAAUUCGCCCCAGGCACAUCAAGCUCACCAUUACGCACAGCCCGGGCAGCAUGUUCCUCCGACACAGCCAAGCCAACAAGCUCAGAUGGGAUACCCCGCUCAGCAGCAAUACCAGCCGUACCCGGUUAGUCAGCCGCACUCUACUUCUCCCACUCAGCAAUACGCGCCCCACUCGUCCAUGUCCAGCAGACGGGAACCAGCUGGUCCUAGCCGUGAAUCGUGGCCUGUUCCCCCGCAGCAAGCCGCGGCCCAGCAGCAGCAGCAACAACAGCAGCAGCAGCAGCAGCAGCUACUACACCAGCAGCAGGCUUCGUGGGCGCCAUCUCACCAAGCACCCCCUAAAACCGCGCAGCCGCCCGUGCCCGCGCAGUCGGCGUGGGGAGCUCAACAUGGCAUGCAAGCCAAACCACCAGUUAGCAGCUCGCUUCCGCCCCAGCAGCACCACGCUUGGCCUGCUUCCUCAGCCAACCAGCAGCCGCACCCUCUCAGCCUGAGAGAACCCCGAGGUGGCAGCGUCUACGUGCAUGAGACGCAGAGUCCAACAGCAGGUAUGAUCCACCACCAAUCCCAUGGCUCCCUGGGCGGCGGCGGCGGCUCCUCUCGGUAUGGACCUGGCCCUCCCCAAGAGGCCCGGCGCCCCGAGCCUGUCCCGCCAUCACAAUCUGUGCCGCCGUAUGUAAGGUAUGCGAACACACCGGGGCCCGGCCCGGUACAGGGGAGAGACCAGAGGGAUCCUGUUGGAGCCGCGGUCAGGAGUUACACGCCGGUAAGCGGGUUUGAUCCCCGUGGACCGCCGCCUCCACCGCAGACGUACACCGCGGGGCAGCAAGAGGCGAUGAGAGAAGCGCAAAUGAGGGAGGCGUGGGAAAGGGAGAUGGCGGCGAGGGAUUCGAGAGAUAUGGGACGGGACCCGCGAGAGGCGAGCAUCUUGGGGCGGCAGCUUAGGCCACAGGACCCGUACGAGAGAGGCGGUGAGAGGCGAUACUGAUUCUCGUUUUGCUUUUAAAGUGUUGAUUCUAGCUUGUGGAUGACAAAUUCGGGGCAAACCUCAGGUACGAUACCAUUGCAUGCAUGAAUGGCCGACUAGAUGGAUGGAUGUUGGCAUUGAUACUUUAGGUAGUGCUGUAUCUACUCCCUGUAGCUCUAUACCGGAUGUUAAUCGGCC